AUGAGCCCACAGCCACCAGAAAAGGGGGAGGGGCCCGUCUCCGGGAAUGCGGGUUCACCCGAUGGGAACACUCGAAGCAACGACGGUUCGCCACGCUCAGUAGAUGUCGAGGAGGCCGAUGCCCAUGUGGGCACUGGUGAAGCCCAGCAAGAAGAGGAGAGUUUCGUAACGACUCGGUUCGAACCGCCUCCGAACCGGCUUCGAGCCAGAGCCCGUCUCCCACGGUUUCUUAGCAGACCUUUUUCAGGGCGGCAAGAUGACGAUAAAGACGAGUUGCCUCUGAAGAAGGAUCCGGGGUCUGCAGUUCAGGGCCAGAGCGACGGCCGUCACCCCGUUCAGCUUCCUUCAACGGACCUCCACCCAGACGCCCCCGAAACGCCUUCAUCGGCGCAACUUCCCACGAAGAGGAAGAAGAUGAAGAUGAAGACGGUACCCAGAAGUGCACCCCGGAGUGACGAGUUAGCCGAUGCCACUGCUGCGAUUUCGCCAGGCGCUCUCUUCAACGCAGAAGCAGAAGGGAAAUACCGUGGCUCCGAGCCCCAGGUUCUGAAAGGGUUUGGCUUCGGAAUGCAUAAACGCCAACUCUCAUCAGAGAUUUCAAUGGAACUCAAGGCAAAAGAAUCGAUUGAUCCCUUUGGCUCAUCCGGAAAGCCUUCACCAAGUCUGGUGAAAGCAUCCCACUCAUCUAUCUCAAAGCCCAUGAGCGGAGAAGACUUUGACGACAGCUCUCCUGGCGUGGAAAAUGAGGUACAUCAAGAAAUCGAGGAUCCUUCUAAAGAUUACCAGAGGAUCAUGGUCGACAGGGUCAUGUCAACGUUCAUGAACUGGCUGGACACGAAGCUGAAGGUCAAGAGAGAAGAUGAGUCGCCCGAGUCAGAGUCACAACUGAUGAUGGUUGCUUCCCGGGGUUCCGCCAGCGAGGACGAUGUGAGCGACGUGGACGAGUGUCCGGCUUCUGUCGCUCCAGUAUCUAUGCCUAGAGUCUAUGUCUUACGCCCCGCCGCCAAGUCGUCGAACCGAUGCGGUCUUCAGAUCGGCCUCGUUAGUACCAUCGCUGCCGCCGCCGCCGCCGCCGCCGCCGUUACUACCAGCACCAGGAGCACAGAGUCGCAUCCCUGA